GGGAAGAGAGAGGGAGAAUAGCUAGCUCCAUCCGUUUCCGUUAGGUCUGGCGGAGCCGCGAUAUGUCGAGCUUAUUCCGAGCGCGCAUUCGGCGCCGCGCGAAUAGCUUAUUAAGUUGACCGGUGAAUGUCGGCGCGAGCGCAUUUGUCGCAUAUAUCGCGAAUUUUUCCUGACACAAAUAUAUAAACACAAAUGCCGGGCGGCAGCGGGCGAGGAGCGAGGUUUUCGUGCGUUAGAAUUGCGUUCGAAUUGAGACGCAGCAUAUUACGCAGUCGUAUCGUUCGAGACCAUCUCGAUCUCUCCCGAUCCGUCACUCGUGGUCAGCCUUGCGGCUCCCGCAAGUUCCCGCAAGUUCACCUCCGGCUUAGAAGCGCGCCAUCGUGCUUAUUAACCGCCGCGAGACCGUUCCCCCGUGUCGCAAGCGAUAAAAGCGGGGUCGCCGUCGCGCGCAUUCACGGCGCGGAAUCAUGAAGCCGUCGGCUUCGGUAAGAAGACCACCGAGCUGAGUCUGAGAUUCCACCGGAGCAUCCAUUGGUAAUCACGCCGGUGGGGUCUUCUCACGCAUCUUCCCGCAAGGGAACCGCGAAUUCUGCAAAUUGCUUUCUGUUUCCUGAUUCGUCGCGGCUCAUUCUCCGCCUGCCGAUCAAACGGCAUCUUCGUCGAGUAUAAUCCGGAGAAUCCGUCAGCCUUCCGUCGAAGCGGAUUACGCGAUGUGACGCCGGGUGUAAUAGGAUAUAAUAGGUCGCCCGGACUCUCUCUCUCUCUCUCUCUCUCUGUUCGCGCACGAACGAAGCGUCGAGCUUGCUCGCGUCGAUCGUCGAAGAAUGCGCGCUUCGUCGAUUUCCAAAGCGGCGAAACUCACCGAGAAAUGAUCAGCCGGUCGGCCGGCCUCAUCGCCAAGCGGAAACUCCGCUCCGACGUCGUGAACGCUCCGAUUGUUCGGUCGUUAGUUAAGCACGAGUAAGUAAGACCCCAUGGGUCUGAUGCGCGUCGAUUAUACACACGUGCAAAUUGAUACGCUUUGAGAGUGUACGGCGCGGCGUUUGCCGCCGUGGAGACGUUUCUUGCGUGGCGUUGUCUUUUCAUUGCGAUUACCAUCGGUCGUCAAUUACGCUAUCGCGAACGUCAUGCCGCCAAUUACGUUAAGGGAAUGCUCCUACUUGGGGGAUUUCUCCCUCCGUGCGCGCCGAUUAAUUACGUAUAACGAUGCACCCCCCGGUCGAAUGAAAUGUAUCGGCGAUAUCAGCGCAUUCGUAUGCGCUGUGUGUGUGUGCGGGUCGGACGGGCCGAGUUCUCUACGGAGAUUAUAUACCGCGGAGAUUAUAUAUUAUACAAUCGUGUAAGAAACGGUAAAUCACGAAAUGGAUGUAUCCGGAUCGAUCGACCGAGUGAAGAAACGAACACGAGGUGGUGCAUUUAUGAUUUGUGCACUGUGCUACUUUUUUUCGCGAUUCCGGCUGUAUCGGCGAUCGGCGACGCGAUUACGAAACGUCGCGUUAAACCGUUCGAGAAUUUGUACAAGUAAGUACCUUGCGGCCUUAGAAAUGCUGAUUUAAAUCAGCACACCGAUAUGUCUAGUGAGUGUGACUCUGUCACUCUCUAUCUAUGUGCCGUUUAUCUGCUUACCGCUUGCUCUUGAAAAUCAACAUUUUCAAUGUUGAUCUUGAACCAUUGUCCAUCUGAGACUUUUACACUGCAGGGAUACUGAAUAAAAUUUGCCACUCGUAUACGUGGCUGUCGCGCAUCAGUUCCUCGCAUGUUCAUCAAACGUCGGAGACAAUUUUCAAUCGAUGUUGACGCAACGUCUCCGACUUUACACAACUUGCACAAGUGAUUCCCUGUCAAACUAGAAUAAUUUUCCUCAAGUUUACUGAAACUCCAUCUGAGAAAACUUAUCGUCGAUCGAGAAGGAGAGUUUCCUCUUUCUCAUCGAUCCAUAGGUAUCAAACAUUUCGUUUCCGACAUGAUUCCGCAUCGAUAGACGCAUCGAUAGAUUCCUCACUUUGCUUGUAAGAAAUGACGAAGCAAAUUCGUCGUCGUUUAAACCGUCGAAUGGCGAAUCGAAAGCACGAAAGCGCUCCGCACGGGCAGCAGCGAAUCUUUCGUGAUUCAAGGCAAGUGCCGCGCGUGCGUUUGGCUCGCGGCCUCUGUUUCGGUGUUAUUUUUAACUCGCUACGCUCUGUGUGUGAUGAACGAGUUUCAAGUAGUUGGAAGCUCUCGAACGACCCGUGCGAUCCACACGCGUGCGUUUCCUCGUUUCUCGGCGAGUUGUCGGUAUGCGAUUUUGAGAUUUCCGUCCUUUUACCGUUUCGCUCUCAUUCACGUUCAUCUUGCCACGCGUUCAGCAUGCCACAAUCGAUGGAUCUUGUGAACUGUUCGGCAAAACGCACCCCCAAGAGUUGCUGUGGUCGUGAGACUGGAAUGAGCAGCGAGCUCGGCAGCUGCGAUCAUAUUUACGCGAGUUUAGUCGACUGCAACAGCAAAAUAAAUAACGAGGAAGUUGUUCCCGUCAACAUCGAGACGGGAACGAUAGUAUCUACGAAUAAACGUAAUGAAGAUCCUAGAAGAAAGGCCGCUUCUUGGUCCACAAACUCCAAGAUCUCGACGCGUCAGCCUUCGCCUGUUUUGGCUCACAAAGUGAACGGCGAAGUCGACGAAGCAUCGCCGAGGGAGGUGACGUGUUCUCCGUACAGAUUACCGCACGACGCUGACUUCCAGUGUCCCCGGUGUGGGAGGAGGAUGGGAGAGCCUAGACUUCUACCUUGCUUGCACCCGAUAUGUUUGUCAUGCGUCUACGACUUGAUGAACAGCAGACCCUUGUACGUUACUCCGAGCAGCGAUACUACAGGAGACUACAGUCGAACGUACGCGACAACAAUCAGCGUUCGCGAGACGUGUCCGUUGUGCGAUUCGUACUUGCCGAACGUCAACUCCCCCAUGCCGCCGCCGCAUUAUCCUCUGCAACAUCGUCUAGUUAUGGACACUGUACGGCGCAAACUGGUCAACAGAGUACUCUGCGACACCUGCGCAGCCGAGGUCCCGGCGCUCAUACAGUGCUCCACGUGUUUGCGUAAUUUUUGCUCGGAAUGCGGCAGGCAGCACGAGCAACAGAGCAUUGCGGAUACGAGAACGACGAAACAUUUAAUGAGGCCGUUGUGGGAGGCCACCAGAGUACGACGGAUGAUUCUGUGCCAGACACAUCCGAUACAUGCCUUGAGAUUUUACUGCAUCGCGUGUCAGCAGGUGACAUGUAAGGAAUGCAUGUGGAGCGUACAGCAUAGAGGGCACGCCAGCGAAGACGCAGUUGGAGUGGGAAAACGAGCCAGUGUCUACCUGACAACAAUGUUGCAAAGAGCGAGAGUAGUCUUGAAUAAUCUGUUAACUCAGUACGAUUACGACGUAUUUUCGAACAACACCUUCGAGGAGCAGCAAAACGUAGAAAAAUCUUAUAGGUACGUAUGUCUGAUUUUACUUUUGUAUGUCGUAAACCAGCAACUAUACGAGUUGCUGCACACUUCGAGCGAACGUGACUACGCAGCCGUCCUGCGAUAUAAUAUAAUUUAUAAUAUAUGGGACCACACAAAAAUCUCAUCUUAAUAUCGUUGUACUAAAGUGCAAUUGUCAUGUGAUCGGUAUGAUAGCAGUGAACGAACGAGUAAACUUGAAAGAAAAACAAAUGCUACGACGUAACUGUCAUUUGAGGUACGAAGUAUAUUAUACAUUCCAAGGAUUCGUAAUUUAGUGUGUAACUUGUCUAGGCUUAGUUACGUAUAUUUUGUGGACAUUUGUAGUUAGUUAAAAAAUAUUAAUGUAACGCAAAUAUAAAUUUAUAGUCUCAUCAUCCCAUCACUACUAUUCUCCUUCUCCCCGAUAAGAAUGUUUUUCUGCGACUUU